UCUGGCCAAUGUUGCCUUGUGGCGGUAGUCUUCGCGUGGACUCCAGCAUCCAGGAUGCGCCUCGUAGCCUUUUCGAGGCGGCAGGAGACUAUCGCUUCCUCUCUCCCGGCCUUUGUGAGCCGGACUGGAGGGUGGAAGGAGUUGUGGCGGCGGCGGCGGGGCAGGAGGAGGGAAUGAGCGAGGAGGAGGAGGCGGAGGAGCCUUGCGGGAGCCCGAGGAGCUGCGGCAGCUUCCCCUGUAUAGAGCAAAUGCUGGCGUCCAAUCCUGGCAAGACCCCGAUCAGCCUGCUACAAGAGUAUGGGACACGCAUAGGCAAAACACCCGUCUAUGACUUACUGAAAGCUGAAGGACAAGCACAUCAGCCCAACUUCACCUUUCGUGUCACAGUUGGUGACAUCAGCUGCACCGGCCAAGGACCUAGCAAAAAAGCUGCCAAACAUAAGGCGGCAGAAGUAGCACUCAGGCUCCUGAAGGGAGGAAACAUGUUAGAGCCGACACCGCUGGAUGAAGCCAGCUCUCUUUCUUUAGAGCCCUUGGCUCUGACCACUGCUCCGGUGGCUGUGCCUGUACCCAUCCUACCAGCAGCCUCUCCAAGAAGUUCUCCGCUGGACAUAAAAUCCCCAGUAUCCCCACAACAAUCUGAGUGCAAUCCAGUUGGGGCCUUACAGGAACUGGUGGUGCAGAAGGGCUGGCGACUCCCAGAAUACACCGUCACUCAGGAAUCCGGGCCAGCACACCGCAAGGAAUUCACCAUGACUUGUCGUGUUGAAAGGUUUAUUGAAAUAGGGAGUGGCACUUCCAAAAAGCUAGCCAAACGCAAUGCUGCAGCAAAGAUGCUGGUUCGGAUCCAUAACGUUCCUCUGGAUCCACGGGAGGGGAGUGAGGCUGAAAUGGAAGAGGACCAGUUUUCUAUUAUUGCAGGAACCAAACUGGAUGGGAUGAAAAGUCGGGGAUCCGGUUGCACCUGGGAUUCCCUGCGCAACUCAGUGGGAGAGAAGAUUCUUCAUCUGAAAAACCAUCGAAUCUUCAAUACCGGGUUCUGCAACCUCUUGAAGGAACUUUCCGAAGAGCAGAGUUUUGAUAUCAGCUACCUUGAUAUUGAUUUCUGGAUGAGAAUUACAAGCUUGAGUAUCUUGCAGCAUGUCCAUACAUAGUUAAGCCACCUGGAAUUUGCAAUUCAUCCAUAUCUAGGAGUCAACUUGUUCCCCAUCCCUUCCUUAGGCUGUCUGGUAAGUACAUGACUGUAGCAAAAUUUUAACACUAUUGUAUUAACACCACCGUGCUACAGUAACUCACCAGGUUGCCUGGUGAAGCUCUCAAAAGCAGGAUCAGACAGUUGCCAUUUAAUUUGAUAGGCCGAGAUAAAUUGCCAUUGACCAUACUAGAUGAAUCUGUAAGUUCUUUACUAUCAUAGCUAUGUGCUAAGAAAAUUUUCUGUCCUGUUACCUUGUUUUAAUUGCCAGGUUUUUAGAUAUUGUUUAUCUGUUGCUCUGCUUCCAUUUUAAGAAUAUUUUCAUCUGAAUUAAGAAUAAUCAGUAUACAAGUAGUCCUUGAUCUUUGACUACAAUUGAGCCCAAAAUUUCCGUUGCUAAACAAUCAGUUGUUGAGAUUUGCCCCAUUUUACCUUUCUUGCCACAGUUGUUAAGUGAAUCACUGCAGUUUAAGUUAGUAACACAGUUGUUAAGUGAAUCUGGUUUCCUCAUUGACUUUGCUUGUCAGAGGGUCGCAAAAGGUGAUCACAUCAUCCCAAGAUAUUGCAACUGUCAUAAAUAUCAGCAACUGUCUGAAUUCUGAUCAUCUGACCAUGGGGAUGUUGCAACAGCCAUAUGAAAAAUGAUCAUGUUACUUUUUCCGGUGCAGAUGUAAUUUCGAACAGUCACUAAAUGAAUGAUUGUAAAUCAAGGACUGUAUGAGAUCAGAUGCAACAGGUUGCUGUUUUUCUGGUUUGAGUAACAGAAUGGGUUUU